AGUGUGAAUAACCACCACAGAAGACCACGGAUGUCUAUUGUUACUGAGGAAGACAUGAAAGCACUGAGGAGCAAAUUAAGAUCCAGCUUCCAAGCUUAGAUAUCUGUUUUCUUAUCAGAACUAUUGCUAAUUAUUCCAACAAAACACCCGUUAAAAAUAUGCUUUUUGAGUUUUUCAGUCUGUUUCGGACUUAAUACACUGUGUCUGUUGGUAUUUGAUAGUUUCAGGUCAACCACAAACCGCUUAUUAUUCUGGCGGGGUCCAUACUAUUAUUAUGGCGCCACGUUAUAGUAUCGGCGGUGGGUAUUUUAUAUAUGCGUGGAUUUGUAUUGCUGGAAAUUUUGACGCUGUGUUUAUAUUUCAUUUUUUGUUAAACGUUUUGCACCGUGUAUUGUUAGUAUUAUUGUAAAGUUGCGAAAUAUUAAGUCGUAAUCUAAAAUGCCGAAAAUUAAUACGACGAUACGAACUGUCGAAAUGCAUACUGGGGGUGGCCCGUUAAGGAUUAUAGAAUCUGGUUAUCCAGAAAUUGUGGGUGAGACAAUACUUAAAAAGCGAGCUUACGUGCGCGAUAAUUUAGACCACUUGAGAAAGUUUCUUAUGUUUGAGCCUCGUGGUCAUUCUGAUAUGUACGGAGCUUUACCGGUCACACCAGAUCAUCGUGAUGCAGAUUGUGCUUUCUUAUUCUUGCACAACGAAGGCUACAGUACUAUGUGUGGGCAUGCUAUGAUAGCCCUGGGCAGAUACUGCGUUGAUAAGAAGUUGGUGAACUACCAAGAACCAGAAACCAAAGUGAACAUACAAUGUCCAUGUGGUCUUGUAGAAGUGUUUGUUAGUUGUUCUAAUGGAACUUCUGACGCAGUUCGAUUUUUCAGCGUUCCAGCUUUUGCCUACAAAGUUGGUUUGGACAUAAAUGUUCCAGAGUAUGGCAACGUUACAGUGGAUAUAUCGUAUGGUGGAGCUUACUACAUCAUUCUCCCAAUAUCAUCCGUUGGCUUGGCUUUUGGUAAAACAUCCAUCACAGAUAUUAAGGUUGCUGCUAAAGCUAUAAAAAAAACCUGUAUGGAAAAUAUUAAAAUUGAUCAUCCCGGAGACCUGGAUUUAGCUUUUUUCUAUGGCGUCAUACUCACUGAUGGGAAUGACGUGAACUAUUCUGUUCCUUCAGCAAAUAUAGUUGAGUUUGCGAACGAACAAAUUGAUAGAUCACCAUGUGGUUCUGGUGUUACUGCUCGCAUGGCUUUAAUGUUCGCCAAAAACCAGAUCAAACUUGGUGAAAGGAAAACUAUUUCCAACUUUUUAACAAAAUCAUCUUUCACUGGAGUUGUAACUAAAGUAGUUGACAGUGAAAUGGGCAAAGUGGUUGUUGAGGUUUGCGGGAACGCUUACUACACAGGCACAUGCUGUUUCACUGCUGAGGAAAACGACCCACAACAACUUGGAUUUCUUGUUAAAUAAACUUAUUUAGAUUAUUCAAACAUUUUUGUAUAUUGCUGUAAAUGUCAUGCAAUGACUCUAUGGUUGUAAGCCCUGAUAUUUCAUCUUUAAAAUCA